GGCGGAAGAGCGCGUUCCCCAGGAGACGGCCCGAGGGGAGGGGGCUCCGCGCCGGCCUGAGGGCGCACUUUGGUCAAAAAGAAGAAAUAACCACUAACAGCUGAAACAUACAGAUUGUCUCUUCCACUCUGGCUAGGCAGGAACAAUGGAGACAUCUGAUGGAGAAAGUUUGGGUGUAGCCACCUCCACCACUUCUGAUGAGUUUGAUGCAGUUGUUGGCUAUCUGGAGGAUAUCAUAAUGGAUGAUGAUUUCCAGUUAAUACAGAGGAAUUUUUUGGAGAAGCACUACCAGGAGUUUGAUGACUCCGAAGAAAACAAGCUUAUCUAUACAGACAUCUUUAAUGAAUAUAUCUCUUUAGUAGAGAAAUACAUUGAAGAGAAGUUGCUUGAUCGGAUUCGUGGGUUUGAUAUGGUUGCUUUCACAGUGUCAUUGCAACAACACAAAGAUGAAAUGCCAGGUGAUAUAUUUGAUCUGCUUCUCACAUUUACAGACUUUCUGGCUUUCAAAGAAAUGUUCUUGGAAUACAGAGCUGAAAAAGAAGGACGAAGUCUGGAUUUAAGCAGUGCGUUAGUGGUGACUUCAUUAAACCAUUAAACAAGUCA